GGAUCUUUCUUUGCCUGUGCUAUGGAGAAGAGCCGAGGGAACGGGAGCAAGGAGAUGGUUCUUCCUGAGGAACCAUUGGAGAUCAAGUUGGCAGUGAUCGAUUAGCCACGGGGCGUGUCCGCCUUGCAUGUCCUUUUGCACGGCCGCACCACCCGACACCACCCCGCCCCUAUCCCGUCCUCUGCGUCCUUUUCCCUGCUCAUCCCACCUCACCACAUGCCCCUGUCCGUCCCUCUCACCUCUCCCACUUUGCCUCGCUUGCUAGCAUUCAUAACCCCGCCGACCUUCCUCUCUUUCUCAUGCUCUCGAUCUCUCGGCCUCUCGUCGUGGCGUGAGCGAGCGCAGCAUAACAAACAUGGUGAUUAAGAAGCAGAACAAGCCGCCUCAGACCGCGGUGCUGAGGCAGAUACUGAGGCGGUGUUCGGGCUCGGGGAGGGAGAAGGAGGAGGAGGAAGGGCUGCCGGUGGACGUGCCCAAGGGCCACUUCGUCGUCUACGUCGGCAAGAACCGGAGCCGCUUCAUCGUGCCCAUCUCCUACCUAGACCACCCCGAGUUCCAGGCCCUCCUCCGCCAGGCCGAGGAAGAGUUCGGCUUCGAGCACCAUAUGGGCCUCACUAUCCCAUGCGACGAGGUGGUCUUCCGCUCCCUCACCUCUGCCCUCAGGUGAAGUGGAAGUCAAGACCAAGAGCAGCAGAGGAGGCGACUCUGCUUCUGCUGACCUUUACGAUCAUCUCUCUCUCUCUCUCUC